AGUCACCCGACCGACCGACCCAACCAAAGAACAAAUACGAGUGGAAGUGGUGGAAUCGAUGGUUAGUGUGGCGCCGAAGCAGCAGGAAUUUCAUCAUCAUUCACCAUCCACAAGCUCUAAAAUUUUCUACUUCGCUUCUCAUCGGUCGUGACCAGUUUCUGUUCGCAUAAAGACGUAGUGUUUGGAGUUUGUAGAAUAAAAAAGUGCAAAACUGGGACAGUUUUCUUGUUGCGGAAAACGUUUUUUGCUUGAGUCAGCACUUGGUGUAUAAAGGAAAACACCCCAUCGGGGGACGGCCCUAGUCUUGAUCUGGACACGAACUGAUGGAUUCUCAGUAUAAUGGCAAAUGUGUAGUAGCAGAGUAAAGGUGGAUAGAUUUCUAUUUUUUGGAAAAUUUCCCACACUACCCUUCCUCCCCCUGAUGACGUCUACAAGGGGGUGAGGCGAUCUAAGGGGUUUCAAGGUGAGCCACAAGUCAGUCCUCUUGUCAGUAGCUUCCGUGAGGGUGAGACGGCUUCAUCUCUCAGCUGAGCACUUCAAGAGAAUCGGUUCUGUGUUUGUCUGGUGCUGCGGUAUCAUCAUCCAGUUACAUAAACAUCGCGGUUCGGAUUGGCCGUUCGCGGAGCCAUUUGGAAGUCCGGAGACAGAGCCAACGUUUCCCUUCGAAGAAUAGUGCGUUGAAUGACUUUACGGCCAGUCUCAGGGUCACGCAUAGCUGUAGUGCUCAGAAGAAAGAAGUUCAAGCUGAUGCAAAGCUGACGAAACGAAUAGAUAAGCUGUUAUCUGAGGCGAACACAAAAGACCAUCGUCGGUGACGCAAAAAAAAAAUUGGUCACAAAGUUCACCUCGUGCAAAGGUCCGACGACCGUCUGUUGAAACCCUUUGGACAUAAUCCUCUCGGGGGAAACAAUGAACCACCGGAAACAGGAGGCGUGACGUCAGUCGGAAAUUCGAAACUACAUUGGAAUUGGAAAUCUCUUUUAGGGACACGGAGACACACUACUUCUUAGGAAGAUGGAGAGCGGCGAGGCCUUUAUCAAGACCAUCGAGUGGGACAUGAUGGACAAGAAGAAGUUCUUCCCGCUGUCGAUGCUGAGUUCUUUUUCGGUGCGCUGCGCGUUGUUUCCGCUGACCGUGAUCAAAACACAACUACAGGUCCAAUACAAAAACGACGUCUACAAGGGGAUGAUCGACGCCGGCGUCAAAAUUUAUCGCCACGAGGGCGUCCCCGGUCUGUACCGGGGGUUCUGGAUCUCCUCAGUGCAGAUCGUGUCCGGCGUGUUCUACAUCAGCACCUACGAGGGGGUGAGGCACCUUCUCAACCAGUACGGCGCUAGUCAACGAACGAAAUCUCUGGUGGCGGGUGGAGCGGCCUCCCUGGUGGGCCAAACCAUCAUCGUGCCCUUCGACGUGAUAUCGCAGCACGCGAUGGUGCUCGGAAUGGGAGCGGCGGGUGGCGUGAAAGGCGGAAGCUGUAAUCCCUUGGGGAUCGACUUCGAGAGGAGCAAUAGGUUAAGGAUAACGAUGGACAUUGCCCGGGAGGUGAUGCGUCGGGAUGGGUUCAAGGGGUUCUACCGGGGGUACGUGGCCAGUCUGAUGGCGUACGUUCCUAACUCGGCCAUGUGGUGGGCCUUCUACCAUUUAUACCAGGACGAACUGCUGAGGGUGUGUCCCCCGUGGGUGUCACACCUGUUUGUCCAGUGCGUAGCGGGUAGUUUAGGAGGUUUCACCACAACAGUCAUCACCAACCCCUUGGACAUUGUGCGAGCGCGGUUACAAGUGCAACGACUAGACUCGAUGCAGGUGGCUUUCCGCGAGCUGUGGCACGAGGAACAUUUCCACAUGUUCUUCAAGGGUCUGACGGCGCGGUUGGUACAAUCGGCUGCGUUCUCAUUUAGCAUUAUCUUAGGCUACGAAACGAUCAAACGGGUGUCGGUGAACGAGCAGUACCGGCAUCUUAUAAAGUGGUGAUUUGGCAAUAGGUCGGCUGGAGAUGUGCCGCAUGCGUAGCAUGGAAGCGGCGGAAAGGAAAAAUCCAACCGGCGCAACGAUCGGUGGAAGCGAUGAAUGCAAAAGAAUAACAAAAGAAUUCUUAUGCCAUCGUGCACAGUGGGCUCCAUUGUGACCAAAACAAAAACGAUCGAGACGCCGCAGUUUGCUGUUUAACGCUAGGCUCCAAAGUUGUGUAACGUAACUUACUAGAUUAUGUAUUAUGGAUUUGAAAUUUACGUAUGUAUAUCAAAGUGCGACUCAAAUGUUUUAAACACUGACACCUGUUAUUUAAUAAUAAAUGUAAAUGUUGUAAAUCUUA